UCGUCUAAAUAGAUGCUGAAAAAUUGGCUGCCUGCUUCAUGUCUUGGCCGCCCAACACAUUAACCGGUAAUUGAAAGAAGCCAACGUGCAAAACAACCUGGUGAGCCGGUCAUUUCUUUGACACCCACAGGCCACACGUAAACCUGCCCUCGCCAAGCGUGAAUUCGUAUCUGUGUCAGCCACACGUCUUUCGUUUCUGUUCUCUUGCCUGUCUCUGUCCGCUUGCAAGUUUCAGGUUCAGCCCAACAGCGAGAAAGCCCUCCGUAAUUUCUCCUCUGCCAAACACCCCUCAGUUUAGCUUCUAACUUUCUGAUCCCAUUUCUUUUCAUUUUCUCUUAGAUUAUGAAAUUUUAGGGUUUGUCGAUUGUUCUCCAUGGUAAAAGAAUCUACAAUUAAUAUUAGUUUGAAUAAAUAAACUGCGAGUAUUAUUAAUGGCUCUUAUUGUUUUCAUGCGAGUUUCUAUUUUAUUUAUUGAUAUGGAAUUGCAUUUGCUUGAACUAUUCAUUUCCAAUUAUUGUAGUAUUAUAUGUAUACUUGUUGGUUUUUAUUUUUUUUUUUUCUGUUCUUAAUGGAUUUUAAUGAAAAAUUUUACGGCUUGAAUUACGAGUAAAUAGAAUUUAGACAUAUGAAAUAUCAUAGUAAUAAACAUUUUAUGCUUUUAGAGCUUCAAUUGCUUUAAUCAGGAGCUGGUUCUAGGCUUGUGGUUUCUGCAAUUAAUUAAAAUCUCCUAUUUAUCAAAUUUCAUUUGUUCUAGGCUUGUGGUUUCUGCAAUUAGUUAAAAUCUCCUAUUUAUUAAAUUUCAUUUGCAAAAAGAGGCAAUGAAUAUUCUUGGCUCUGUAAGGAACCAUCAAGAACCAUUUGUUUUGCGUUUGGCUUUUCUUUGUGCCAAAAAGUCUUUCCAGGUGUCUGUUUUUCAUGGUGGUUCGGGGAGCAAUUUAAUUGUAAUUUCUUGCUUGAUGCUGGUAUGGCAAAAUGGAUUUUGCUGAUGGGGAAGUUUGUCUGUGCUCAGAAAUGUGAUAUCUUGUGAAAACGUUUGGCAGCUUUUAGGAUAGCUACAGUUAUUCUUAAAAGUAGAGGUCCUUUCCCUACAUUCCCAGCAAUCUAUACAUUGUUUUCUGACCUAUUGAAGCUUUCUUUGUAGGUAAUUGUGUUGGUUACUGGAAACAAUGGAUUUCUGGUCUAAGGGAGUAAAUGAGGACACAUCUGAGCGCUCGUUUAAUGAGAGGGACAUUCAGAGAUGUCCAUUUCUUAAGAACAUCAACAAACCCACCAACUUUUCGUUCUCUUCACUGAGUUUCCCCGUUCCUGGAGCAAGAGGUCCAAUAUUUGAAGAUGGCCCUAAUUUUGAUAUGGCAUUUAAGCUCUUUCAUGGGAAGGAUGGCAUUGUGCCACUCUCAGGGACGUCUGAUGUUCAAUGUAAUCGAGUGGAACAGGAGCCUACCCCCCAAUUUAACCCCUUGGCAGCAAAAGCUGCGACAAUCAGUCUUUCAUUAUUUAGCGCAGGAGGGCCAUUUGGCUUUGGUCCCUUCUUGGACAAAUGGAAGAACCAAAAAAAAGACAUCUGACUCAUCUAACAAGCAAGAACUCUCUUCUCAGAAAGGAAAUUCAUCAAACCAUGAUGCAUUAGGAAACAAGUGGUUACAAACUGGGCAUUGCCUAAUUGCAAAAUCUUACAGAGCUGUGAGUCGGGUCCUACCACUUGUGGCAACAAAUUUUCGGCCCCCACCUGGAAUGAAGCUUAGAUGCCCGCCUGCUGUAGUUGCUGCAAGGGCUGCUCUAGCACGCACUGCCCUUGUUAACCCUCAGCCACUACCUGCAAAGAUGCUUGUUAUUGCUCUCUUAGGCAUGGCGGCUAAUGUACCUUUGUGGGUUUGGAAGGAGCACACUAAGAAGUUUUCAUUAUCAUGGUUUGCCGCUGUUCACGCAGCUGUGCCCUUCAUAGCCAUGCUUAGGAAGUCUGUCUUAAUGCCUAAAACAGCUAUGGCAUUGACCAUCGGGGCUUCUAUCCUGGGACAGGUUAUUGGCUCAAGAGCUGAAAGGCACCGUCUGAAAGCAGUGGCAGAAAGGGAGAAGGUGGCUGCUCAAACAGCAAUUGCUGCUGCUGUGUCUGGGUUUAAUGAUCUAAGCCAUUUUGAUUGCGUCACUGUAAGCCAUUGUGGUAGAGAGGGAACAAUACAGGGACACAUUUCAGUCAAGGCUGUUAGACCAUCUUCUUCAUCAAACAAUGUGUGUUAUUGACAUCAGCAGAUGGAACUAGUCAUAGUGAGAUGAAAAAAUAAAAAAUAAAAAAUAAAAUAUUAAUUUAAAAAGUAACUUAAAUUACUACCAUGGCCGGAGAAAAUUUUGAUGUUUUAAUCAUGGAAAUGCUGGUAUGGUAUGAAAAGUAAUUACCUGUUCCUAAUGUAAGCCAAAUUACUUAUUGCUGGAGACUUAUUUCCUGGAAAAUUUAACAGUAUUAUUUCAUUAUUCAUCUUUAUAAAGAAUACUUUCCAAUUUCUACCUGGAAAAAGACCAUCUGUUUGAAAUGCAUACUUUCGCAAAUGCUCCGAUUCCACUGAUUUUAUUUAUUCUGUCACCGAGUCUUUGCCUCAUUGCUUUGUCUGUGAACCGUGGGCUUUUAAUAAGUAGUCUUAUGCACAUGGAGAACGAGUCUGGGUUGAAAUGUUCUCAAUGUCAUGCUUCAAGUCUGGUUACUAAUUUCAAUUUCUAGAAUAAAUAACUUGCUAUUUGAAUUCCGCCUAUACGAUUGACAAUA